UCCGACUUCUCAGUGAGUUUAGAGGGAACGAAGUAAGCACAACCGGCAAAUUUCCUGAGUCAAAAUGAAUGUGGAUCAUGAGAUAACCCUACUUGUUGAAGAGAUCCGUCGGCUGGGUGCCCCUAAUGCUGAUGGGAAGAUUAGCGUCAAAUUUGGGGUGUUGUUCAGUGAUGACAAAUGUGCUAAUCUGUUUGAAGCUCUGGUCGGUACACUGAAAGCUGCCAAACGGAAGAAGGUCAUCACAUUUGACGGCGAGCUUCUUCUCCAAGGCGUCCAUGACAACGUCGAUGUCAUACUGCUGCAAGACUGAAAAUUGCGGCCAUUCAAGAACCGAAAAUCAGUGGUUCAUGUUGUGCUGAUAUCAUUAUUGAUACAUUGGACAAAAAUGUUGUUAUGGAAACAUACGUGAGAAUGUUUUGUCUUUCAAACUGCAUAAGAUUAUACUUUUUUUUUUUUCUCUUACCAGAGUGAA